GAAAUCACUUUAUUGGUUUAUAAAGGAAGCUUUGUAACAAGCAAAGUCCACGAUAACUCCAGAAUUAUCUACCUGGUUGAUGCAGUUUCCACAUAGAGAAUGGAUUCUCAUUUCUCAAUUAAGUGCUAAAUGCUGCGUGCUCUUUAUAUCUCCAGAAGGAGAGAAACCAAGGGUGAGAAGAAAUGUCCAAUGCCAGCCUCGUGACAGCAUUCAUUCUCACGGGCCUUCCCCAUGCCCCAGUGCUGGAUGCCCCACUCUUUGGAAUCUUCCUGGUGGUUUAUGUGCUCACUGUGCUGGGGAACCUCCUCAUCCUGCUGGUGAUCAGGGUGGAUUCUCACCUCCACACCCCCAUGUACUCCUUCCUCUCCAACCUGUCCUUCAUUGACAUGUGGUUCUCCACUGUCACGGUGCCCAAAAUGCUGAUGACCUUGGUGUCCCCAAGCGGCGGGGCUAUCUCCUUCCACAGCUGUGUGGCUCAGCUCUAUUUCUUUCACUUCCUGGGGAGCACCGAGUGUUUCCUCUACACGGUCAUGUCCUAUGAUCGCUACCUGGCCAUCAGUUACCCGCUCAGGUACACCCGCAUGAUGAGUGGGCGCUCGUGUGCUCUCCUGGCCACCAGCACUUGGCUCAGUGGCUCUCUGCACUCUGCUGUCCAGACCAUAUUGACUUUCCAUUUGCCCUACUGUGGACCCAACCGGAUCCAGCACUAUUUGUGUGAUGCACCGCCCAUCCUGAAACUGGCCUGUGCAGACACCUCAGCCAUUGAGAUUGUCAUUUUUGUGACUGUUGGAAUAGUGGCCUCGGGCUGCUUUCUUCUGAUAGUGGUGUCCUAUGUGUCCAUUGUCUGUUCCAUCCUGCGGAUCCACACCUCAGAGGGGAGGUGCAGAGCCUUUCAGACCUGUGCCUCCCACUGCAUCGUGGUCCUUUGCUUCUUUGGUCCUGGUCUUUUCAUUUACCUGAGACCAGGCUCCAGGAAAGCUGUGGAUGGGGUUGUGGCUGUUUUCUACACUGUGCUGACGCCCCUUCUCAACCCUGUUGUGUACACCCUGAGGAACAAGGAGGUGAAGAAAGCUCUGUUGAAGCUGAAAUACAAAGUAGCACAUUCUCAGAGCAAAUAAACACUAGGGAAU